AAGUAUGGAAAACUUUUGCAGUAAACAAUUACUUGAAACGUCUAUAGGUGGCGCUUUUUUGAGUUUAAAAAUGAGCCCCGAAUUAUUCACAUUUCUGUACGCCACUGAUAUUUGACAUUGAAGAUGGCCGAUGGGUAACUUAACCUCACAUUAAAUCCAAAGAAACUGAUGAAUUUACCGGAAAGCGACAGCGAAGAAGAGCUUCCUCCAGGAUGGGAAGAGCGAGUGACGGCAGACGGCAGCGUCUUCUACGCGAAUCACCUGACCAAAAACACCCAGUGGACCCACCCUCGCACCGGAAGAAAGAAGGUGGUGUCCGGUGAGCUCCCCUAUGGCUGGGAGCGGUGCAUCGACAAAGCCACCCAAAAAAUAAUCUACAUCGACCACGAGAACCGCCGCACCACCUACACCGACCCGCGCCUCGCGUUCGCCGUCGAAGAGAAAGACCAUCCGAACGACUUCCGCCAACGCUUCGACGCGUCCAGCACCGCUUUACAGGUGCUGCACGGCCGCGACCUCACCGGUAAAGUCGCGCUAAUAACCGGCGCGAACGCGGGAAUCGGAUACGAAACCGCCCGCUCUCUCGCCAAGCACUCGUGCACCGUGAUAUUCGCCUGCCGUAACGUCGAAUCCGCGCGAGCAGCGAUCGAUCGCAUCGCCGAGGAGAAAUCGACGGUGGCGGACCUAUGCGAGGCGGUCCACUUGGAUCUGACCUCGCUGAAGAGCGUAGUAGAUUGUGCGAACUUCAUCAAGACGAAACACAAACAGCUCGAUAUGCUAAUACUGAACGCGGGCGUCUUCGGGCUGCCGUACACGAAGACGAUCGACGGCUACGAGACGACGUUCCAAGUCAAUCAUCUCGCGCACUUCCACCUCGCUAACCUCCUGCUGCCUCUACUUGUGACCGGCAGUCGGGUGGUGAUCGUGUCGUCCGAAUCCCACCGCUUUGCCAAUUUGACCGUCGACAACUUAACGACGGCCCUCUCGCCGGACGUACCGAGCAAGUACUGGGACAUGACGGCGUACAACAAUUCGAAACUGUGCAACGUGCUGUUCGGGCGGCAGCUCGCGAAGAAUCUGCAGUCGAACGGCGUCGGCGUGUUCACCCUGCAUCCGGGGAAUAUGGUGUCGUCGUCGUUGACGCGCAACUGGUGGCUCUACCGGCUGCUCUUUGGCCUCGUGCGUCCGUUCACCAAGUCGCUGCAGCAGGCGGCAAGCACGACGGUUUACUGCGCGACCGCCGUCGAGUUGAACGGCGUGACGGGCGUGUAUUUUAACAACUGCUUUCGGUGUCGGGAAAGCGAAAGCGCGCAGUCCGACGAGCUCGCUACCGCGUUGUGGAAUUUGAGCGCGGAGAUGAUUAGUAACUUGUAGGUUCUGUGAUACCGGGGCACUUGACUCCCGGGGGGGGGGGGGCUAUUAUGGAUUAUAAUUAAUUUUACAAAUUAGUGUUUAUAGUAUGUGGAUGUCUAGAGGGAGGGGGAGGGUAGUGUGCUAAAGUUCUAUAAAUAAAUACAGUGUGGCAGCACCAUACGCCAUUCUCUAAAUUGUCAAUGUGUCCAAAACUUCAAUAAUCCCAAAGUAGGGGGGGGGGGGGCACGUUUAAAGUGGGCGAUACUUGAAUUUUUCCGAAAAAGAACAAAACUUUUUGUGGAGCUCUUGGUCAACUUGGUGACACGGGAGCGCGAGGGGCUGCGGUUUCAAAUGCAAAGAUAUAAGAAUUGUCCUGAAAAAAAACUUAUUUUUCAGGUCUCUUAGUGAACUUGACG